AUGAUCAUUUUUACAUCACUCCUCUAAACAUCCGGUUUUACUUUUAUUUAUUUUUUAACCGAAGUCAUGCAUUUGAUGCAACACAUUUCUGCAUUUUUAAUAUUAGUUUUGACAGUUACUGUAUCACUGACAAAUGCUUUACAUUGCCCAAGGGAUCGAUCAAGGAAUGUCAGGAAUUUACUGAAAGAGGUGGUGUAUCCACUUUUCACACAAGUCAAGACCAGUGUCCCAGACACUUGCCUGUUUUCUCCAGAGAGAGACAAAUACCUGCUGCAAGAAGAGAACAAGGUAUCGGAGGGAAUCUCCAAAUGGUACUGUAACUACUGCGGGAAAGGCUUCUACUCUGAGGAUUACCUGGAUCGACACUUUGAUAAUAGACAUAGUGAAUAUGUUAGAGAGGAUAAAUCCUCGGUUUGCUUUGCUGAUUACUGUGACAUCAUGAGAUGCGACAUCCUUGCUGGGAGGAGAAAGAAAGAAUUCUGGGAUGUUUCGUUAUGUCUGGAGAGUGACAUGAAGGAUCUGAUGGACGACUGUGAGAGACUGAUGAGUGCCUGUGUCCCUGAUGGUUUGAGUAAAAAUGCUACAGAAUUCCUGAUCACUUAUAUGACAGAAAAUGUCUGCUCUUUUCUAACAUGCAAGAAAUACUGGCAGUCAGCUGUAGAAGAGGAGAAUGACGGUGUGAUCUUCUACUCCAUUUUGACAGUCUUUCUCAUCAUAGUGUUCACCAUCUACUACUGUGUGGCCUAUCACUAUUUUUACACAGACACCUUCACCGACUCCUAUUACGAGACCUACUAUGACAGACACCACCCCGUGAGUAAUCCCCAGGUAGGCAGACAACAAGAGGGUAUCCCUGGAACCAGACGCAGAAUAAUGGAAGAUAUAGCUGAACAUGAAGUCAGCUGACAAAGCUGAACAUAAAAACAGCUGACAGAAUUCGUAUUAGUAUGGUGAUUCUUUGAAGAGUGAAAAAGAAAAUUGUGUGUGCAUUGUUGUGAUGGUUUAUAUUGAUUGAUAGCAUGUAUAGAUUCAGGGAAGCAAUCGCAAGUGCUGUAGGAACAAAACAAAAUUAGGUAACAUGAUGGAAAUUAUAUUAACAAGCAAUGCCUGUGAUGCUGAAUUAAUGUAAAUGAACAUGGCAAGAUAAAGGUACAUGUACUAAGUAUUUUUGUUAAAUUAUUGUCAAUGGUUUUGCAUUUGUAUAUACUAUGAAUUUUCUUGGUUGUUCAAAUUUUAAAGACAUUCAAAAAAAAUGAAAACAAACAUCAUUAUGUAUGUACCAGUCCCUUUUUUUUAAAUCAAAUUAAGCUCUUAUGUUUUAUAUGGUACUUACCUCACAGGAACAUCUAAUACACAGAACAUAUAAUAAUGUAGCAUUUCUAUACUAUUUAUUUCUUUCAUACAGAGAUGAAUGGCCUUACAAAAUUGCACAUGCUAAUGAGCAUCUAACAUGUGUAAACAUUUUUUGUGUUCUUUUAAGACAGUAAAUAAAUUCUUCAAUACAAUUAUCCUGAU